GACCAACCGGAAGCUAAACUUAUCCAAAUUCGCCUACCUACAACGUACACGAAGCCCUCAUCAAAGAGCUCAUUCACGGCCAUGUCUCCAAGCGUCCAGGAGAAGUUAAAGGUGGUCAUCGUGGGCGCUGGCUUCUGCGGGCUCACGGCGGCCAUCGAAUGCCAGCUACGCGGAAUGCACCCAAUCCUCGUCGAGGCCUAUCCAGGAGCCAGUUCCCACGGUGACCUAUUGGACUUUGUGCCCAAUGCUGGUCGGGUGUUCGACUCCUGGGAUAAUGGGAAAGUUGGUGAAAAGCUGCUCGCAGCUGGUGUGAAUCGCGCCAAGACACUAGACUUUUACAACCAAGACAACGUGCUGCUCAAGUCCGAUCCAUGGCCCCAGGGUAUCGAUCUCAAAGGCACGUUUGCUGGACAUAGAGGUGCCAUGCAUGAGAUCGUCUACAACUAUGCAAAGCAAAUUGGCGUUGACAUGCGCUUCAAGUCCAAAGUAGUGGAAUAUCUGGACUCUGACGACGAGAGGGGCGUGGUCAUAUCCGGGACUGGUGAGAAGAUUUUGGGCGACGUGGUCCUGGCUUGUGACGGGCCCAAGUCGCUGGCCCGCUCGCAGCUCCUCGGCCUGCCUGAAAGUCGAGUCAAUAGUGGCUACGCUAUCUUUCGGGCCUUCUUUCAAAUCACCGAUGAGAUGCUCAAGGAUCCUUUCAUGGCUGAGUUGACCCGGAAAGAUCAAGAUACUACCAGGUUCUGGGUUGGCAAAGACAUGCACGGCUUUAUCUACACUUGGAACGAAGGGCGUGACUGUGCGUGGGUUCUGACGCAUCUUGAUGAUGCUGAUAUUCAAGAGAGCUGGUCUUUCCCGGCCAGAAAGCAGAAUGUUCUUUUCUACCUUAACCAAGCGGGCUUUCCAGAGGUUUGGCGCCGAGUGCUAGCCUUGACCCCUGAGGAUGGUAUCGUGGAUUACAAACUUGUUUGGAGAGACCCUUUGACUACUUGGCUCUCAUCUUCUAAGAAGUGUGCGGUGAUGGGGGAUGCAGCACAUUGCCAUUUGCCCACCUCGGCCAACGGUGCUUGCCAAGCGGUAGAGGAUGCGGCCACUGUGGCGAUUUGUUUAGAAAAGUCGCAUGGAGAUGUAGCACUCGCGCUACAGGUGUUUGAGAGAGUCCGCUUCAACCGAUCCCAUGUUAUCCAUCAAGCCUCCAUUUCUACAAGGAAUAUAUACCACAAGAACGACUGGUCGUUGGAGAUGGUGAAGAAAAAUCCAGACUCGCUGAUUAUGCCUCUUUUGGACUGGAUCAUGGACUUUGACUGUCAAAAAGCGGCAGAAGAAAAUUAUGACCGGUUAGCCCAGGACGUGCUUUUGGGUAAGACAGGCACUAUAGAAGAGCUCUCUCUCCCUGCAGGAGGAAAUUACGAUAAAACAAUGGCAUCCAACUUCCUAGCAGCCCUCGAGGCCAGACGCUCUAUCUAUGAAAUUAACAACACCUCCCCUAUCUCAGAUGGAAAGAUUGUCGAGAUCAUCAAUGCAACCAUCAAGCAUUGCCCUAGUGCGUUCAACUCACAGACAACACGGGUCCUCAUGCUACUCGGCCCCGAGCAUGAGAAGCUGUGGCGAGAUAUCGUGAAGCCAGCUGCAGAGAGUGAGGAGCGUCUCAGCUCGUUUCAAAGUGGAUACGGCACAAUUCUCUUCUACGAGGACCCGAAAGUCAUUGCCAAGUUCCAAGAGCUGGUUCCUCUGUUCGCCGAUCAGAUGCCCCGGUGGUCAGAGCAUGCCAACGGGAUGAAUACUUUGGCGGCGUGGACUGCCCUUGAACUGGAAGGGCUUGGUGCCAGCCUCCAGCAUUACAAUCCCCUUAUCGACCAAAAGGUAGCAUCUACUUGGCAAGUGCCCGAGGAAUGGCUUCUUAAGAGUCAGCUAGUCUUUGGAGGGCGCUUUGGGGAGCCAGGGCCAAGGGAAUAUGAUCUUCUUAGUGAAAGGGUUCUGGUCCAUGGAGCACAGGAGAAGAAAUUACCUCACAGGAAGACUUACAACAAGGAUCAAGCAACGGCCCUCGUCAUGGAUCUCUCUAAACUCAACGUUCUCAUUGUGGGGGGCGGAUACUGCGGCCUGACGACGGCCGUCGAAUGCAGGCUCCGAGGCAUGCAGGUCACCGUGCUUGAGUCCCACAAGGACGUCAGCAAGACCGGUGACACCAUCGAUUUUGCAACCAAUGCCGGCCGAGUCUUCAACAAGUGGAAAGAUGGAGAAAUAGGGAAAAGAAUGUGGGCCACUGGCGGCGUUACCUGCCACAUGAUUGACAUGUUCAAUGCCAAGAACGAACUAUUAUGCUCGCUUCCCUAUGAGAGAGGCAUCCAUGUCCCGGAUACCUUCUCAGCCCGCCGCGGCCCAAUGGCACAAAUCAUCUGGGACUAUGCCGAGGAGCUUGGUGUGAAGAUCAGGUGUCUCACAAAAGUCGUCGAUUACAUCGAUACUGAGACUGAGCAUGGUGUCAUCACCACAACCGGAGAGAAGAUUCUUGCCGACGUGGUGUUGGCUAGCGAUGGAGCACGUUCUACCGCACGAUCGAAGCUGAUGGGUCUGACGGAGCACAAGGUUAACAGCGGGUAUGCGAUUUUCCGCUCUCUGUUCGAGUUGACAGAUGAAGAUCGAAAGAACCCCUUGAUCCUUGAAAAGACAAAAAAUCUGACGGAGAAUUGGACUGCCGGAUGGGUGGGCAAGGAUGUUCAUGGUUACAUGUUCAUCUUCGAUGAUGCCAAAUAUUGCUCCUGGCUCUUUACUUAUAAAGACGAUGCCGAUAUUGGAGAGUCUUGGCAGCUGCCGGCUAAGAAAUCGGACGUCUUGUUCUACCUUAAGGAAGCCAACUUUCCACAAAUAUGGACCGAAUUUGUCAAUCUCACUCCCGAGGAUAAGAUAUCUGACUAUAAACUAGUAUGGCGUGACCCUAUCAAGACUUGGCUGUCUUCUUCCAAACACUGUGCUGUGAUCGGAGAUGCCGCGCAUUGUCACCUGCCAACCUCAUCACAGGGGGCAUGCCAGGCAGUCGAAGAUGCCGCGGUCAUUGCAAUCUGCCUUGAGAAGGCUAAGGGGGAUGUGCCCUUGGCGCUUCAGGUGUUUGAGCGUAUUCGCUUCAACCGCUCCCACAUCAUCCAUCAGUCAUCCAUAACUACACGCGAUGUCUAUCACAAGCAUGAAUGGACGCCAGAGCUCGUGAAGGAGUAUCCUGACUCGCUGAGCAUGGCAGGAUUUGAUUGGAUUACUGACUAUGAUGUUCAAGCAGAAGCUAUCAAGCACUUUGAUCAGCUAGCGGUGGAUGUUAAGAAUGGGCGAAAGGGAACGAUUGAGGAACUGUCUCUGCCUGCAGGUGGUACGUUUGAGUCGCAAGUCAAGGUUGAGGAGCUACGAACUGGUGUGAACAAGGUUGCCAUCACUGCAGCAUAA